AAGUGAUCACUUUCAUAGGGACGGGUAAGACGAACCACCAGCCUUUACCACUGCUGUAAUACGGGUUUUUACCAACUACAUUUCAACCAUGUAUGGGUUUCUAUGCACUCCAAAAUUUUAUCACCGAACCAAAAGGGGCGUCACCUUUGAAAUAUUGGAUAGAGUGAGAUAGAGAGUACAAGCUGAAGACGGACAGCUGAACGUAGACGACGAAGAACUGGAACCACAAAGUGAUCACAAUUCUUAUAUGACAAAACAACCAACAACGCUGCAAUGAGUUCAGGCACCAAACAGGACCCAAAAGCCGCAGUGGCUAUCAAGAAAAGAUCCAGAGUUCCCGGGGUUAUAAUCACUCAGUAUGUUGAGAUACUCCCCGCAGGAAAGACAACACCUGACUUCACCCGGAAGCCAAUGGCUACAACAGUUCUAGAGGGUAAGAAAGCGUUUUUCAAAGCUAUGGUUAAUGGAGAGCCGGCACCAACUGUCACCUGGGAGCGCAAGAAGGGUAAUGUCAGCGACCCAGAAAAGUACAAGACCAGAUAUGAUGAAAGAGCUCGAGAGCACAUUUUAGAGAUAACCAGUGUAAAACUAGAUGAUGCUGACACCUUCAAGUGCUGUGCCACCAAUGAGUAUGGAGUGGCUUCCUGUACUGUAACACUCAAAGUUACUGAAGGUGGCCUCAAGAAGAAAAGUCAGGCAGCAAAUGGAGAAACACAGGAUUUCAGAUCAAUGCUUAAGAAAACCGUUGUUGUCACCAGAAAAAAACAACUGCCACCGAAGAAGGAGGGAGAAAUUGAUCCUAAGCUCUGGGAACUGCUUCUCAGUGCACGAAAGAAAGAUUAUGAAAAAAUCUGUUUUGAGUUUGGUGUUACUGACUUUCGGUGGAUGCUGAAGAGACUCAACCAAAUGAAAAAGGAAAGAGAAGAAGAGCAGGCAAAGGUUGUAGAGAAGCUGGAGAAUGUGAGACAAAUACAAGUGAAACCAAAUGGGAGAGCUGAAUUUAGCCUCAACAUGACACUAUGGGAUCCUAACAGUGCAGUUAACUUAUACAAGGAUGGGAAAUUGGUGCCAUACAGUGAGGAUGAAAAUGCAAAGCACAGCCUUAGGAAAGUUGGGACAAAGUAUAUUUUCAGCAUCAAAGACCCUCAGCCAGAAGAUGCUGGAUUUUACCAGCUUGAUGUUGAAGAAGCAAAUGUUCUUACAACUGACUUUCGCUUGCCAUCUGUGGAGUUUACAUCCAAGAUUAAGAAUGUGAAGGCUGUUGAAGGUGAAGAUGCUGUCUUUGAGUGCGUCCUGUCAACACCCCUGAACAGUAUUACUUGGUCUAAAGAUGACUCGUCACUUGAUGAUGAUGACAAAUAUGAGAUCACUGUCUCAGAGGACAAACUUACUCACACAUUAAAAGUUCAAGACUGUGACAUUGCAGAUAGUGGAACAUAUUAUGCCAUUGCUGGGAUAACUUCCAGCAGUGCCUCUCUCUCAGUGCAAGCUGAUCCAGAGGGCCGUAAACGCCGUAAGGUCACCAAAACUAGGGAUCAGGAUGAUUUGACUAAACUAGCAUCAGAAGAGCAGGCUAAUCUACAAAAUGAGGAAGAUGACAUGGAGGCAGCCAGACGAGCACAGGCUGAAAAGGACACUGCAGAUGCAGCAGCUAAAGCUGCACUGGGGGAUGGAGGAGAUGGUUCUGGUGAUGGUUCUGGUGAUGGAUCUGGUGAUGGAUCUGGUGAUGGAUCUGGUGAUGGAUCUGGUGGAAAGACUGAUGGAGACAAAGGUGAUGGAGAUGACAAGAAUAAAAGCCUCCUGGGAGAUGGAGAUGAUGAAAGUAAAAAGGGUGAUGCAGAUGAUAAGAAAAAGAAGCGAUUACGAACUGGCCCUUCGGUUGCUGACACUGCUACAGAUCGAGGUGUUCAGUUUGUGAGUGGGCUAUCAGAUACUGUUGUUAACGUUGGUAAACGGGCAGAGCUGUCUUGCAAACUAAGCAGUGACAAAUCAAAGGGAAGAUGGUAUAAAAAUGGGAAGCCGCUAACCAAAGAGGAUGGGGUAACAAUUAUCCAAGAUGGAUCCUGUCACAAGUUGAUAAUUGACUGCUGUACAAAAGAUGAUGCAGCUGUGUACCGCUUUGAAGCUGAAGGACGUAAAUCAGAAGCAACACUUAAUAUUCAAGACCCACCAAAAAUUGACAGUGAUGCUCUGGGAAAAUUCACAAAGCCAGUCAUUGUAAAGGCAGGUGAAAAUGCCCAGUGGAAGCUGCCGUUCUCAGGUGGAGUCCCGAUGAACGUACAGUGGUACAAGAAUGAUGAUGAGCUUUCGCCUGCCCUCAAUGUGAAGAUCGAAACAUCAGAUACUGAGAGCCAGCUACGCCUUACUAAGUGCCAAAGGAAAGAUAGUGGAGAGGUCAAAAUCAAAAUAAAAAAUGAAUUUGGUACUACAGAAGCAAUUUCCCAACUUAUUGUAGUAGACAAACCCACACCACCACAGGGUCCUGUGGACAUUAUGGAAAGUGCUGUAACAUCUGUUGAGUUUAAAUGGAAACCACCAAAAGACAGUGGUGGGUGCCCAGUCACAAACUAUAUCAUAGAACGCCAACAGGCGGGGCGCAAUAAGUGGUUGAGUCUUGGUGAGAUCCCUGGCAGCAACCCUAGUUACAGAGAUUCAAAUGUGGACCCUGGAAGGAGAUACUGCUACCGAAUCAGAGCCAAGAAUGCAGAAGGCAUCAGUGAUUACCUGCAGACGGAGGACAUACCUGCUGGUGUACUACGUUAUCCAGGAGCCCCAACAGUACCUAAAGUGGUCAGUGCCUUUAAGGAUUGCAUCAAUCUGUCAUGGAGUCCCCCAUGUGACACUGGAGGAACCAAAAUAGUGGGAUACAAUUUGGAAAAGAACAAGAAAGGCACUAAUUACUGGAGCCUUGUAAACCAAGGAGGGCCAAUUACAGAUACAAAGUAUGCAGUGAAAGAUGUCUUUGAAGGGGCAGCAUAUGAAUUCAGAGUGUCUGCUAUCAACCUGUCUGGUGCUGGAGAUCCAAGUAUUCCAUGUGACACAGUGGUUGCAAGAAAUCCAAUGAAACCCCCAGGUAAAGUCACAGACCUGAAAUUAACAUCCUCCAGUUACACCUCAUUUUCACUGGCCUGGGCUAAACCUAAAGCACAAGGAGUAGAGAAUGAAGCCCUUGGGUACUACGUGGAGAUCAGACCGGUAGAAUGCCUUGAUUGGACCCGCUGUAAUGCCACCCCCAUCACUUUAACUUCCUACACCGUGCUUGGCUUGAAGGCAAUGGCCACAUACUGGGUGAGAGUAAUUGCCACCAAUUAUGGUGGUGAAGGAGAACCUCAGGGCUUUGACAAGUAUGUCAUUGCCAUGCCCCCUCCUGUGAAGCCAAAAUUCAAAGACAGAAACAUGAAGACAUUUGUGGUGGUGAAAUCUGGAAACACAGUCCGACUGAACAUCAACUUUGAGGCCUCUCCACUGCCAGAAAUCACUUGGCUAAAAGAUGGUAUUCCAGUGCCAAAACAUGUGACAAUUACCAACUCUGAUAAAGGCUCUCUGUUGUUAAUCCCCACAUCUGAGCGGUCCGACAGUGGCGUCUACACCAUUACUGUCAAGAACGUGGUCGGUCAGGAGAGCUUCAAUGUUGAAAUCAGGGUCACAGAUGAUCCCAAGCCUCCAGGACCAGUGGAGCUGGAUCAAAACAUCCCAGGAACAGUGACUCUGUCCUGGUCUCCCUCUCCAGAUGAGAAGAGGGAUGACAGGUUACACUACAUGAUAUCCAAACGGGACUCCACCAAACGCGUUUGGAGGACAGUGGCUGACAACCUCUUCAACAAUAAGUUCACAGUCAUCAACAUUUUGCCUGGACGGGAGUAUAACUUCAGGGUGUUUGCUAAAAACGACAUGGGCCUUUCACCACCCUCUGAAUCACCUGCAUUUGGAACCGAAAAGGAAAGAGGAAAGUUCCAAGUGACCAUGCCAGAGAGAAAACGCUUAGACUUUCAGUCACCUCCAUCGUUCAUCGUUCCCCUGAGGAGGCGUACACCUCCACAAGGUUACGAGUGCCACAUGAGCUGUGCAGUCAAGGGUGAUCCAACUCCACGUGUGACAUGGUACCGCAACAACAUCAGCCUGAACACAAAUGCCAACUACCACAUCACCAAUGUGUGUGGUGUCUGCUCCCUGCUCAUUCUGAGGGUGGGAGCCAAAGACGACGGGGAAUACAAAAUCGUUAUUGAGAAUAAACUGGGGAUAGCUGAAAGCUCAAUGACGCUGAAUGUCAGAGAGUGAAGAAGAGCUGCACCUGCUGGACAGAAGCUGAACCAAAAGAUCAAUUAGACUACAAACUGAAGUUACUCCACUUUCCACUAGUGUUAUGCACCACUAUUUGAUCAUUCUGCCUCUAUUUACAAAAUAUGCAGUCAAAUACACUGCAAGAUAAAGAAUUUAAAAAACACAUUUUAUGGUUGUGCAUGUCAAUGAGUAUGCUCAUGAACACAAAUAAGCACUUCUAGUAGUGUGAUGUUGAUGCACUAGAUUACGACUAGACAGAUACUCUUACUGUGAAGGGUGAACAUUGACAUUUGACACACACCCAUGUUUGGGUCAAAUGUCAAUGUUUGUUUCCAUUGGAGUAAACAGGAGAUACACUUGUCAUAAAUGCAAAUGUUUUGUGUUUAAAAUGGAGGUUUAGUGAUUUAAUGAUAAACGUUGCGCCUCUAGUUUUACCUACUGCUUUGGUUCUGGACUUCUCCUAGAGCAGAUUCUGUGAAAGAUUUAUUUCUAAAUAGAGAGCAGUUGCCACUCCUGUGCUUUGAAAUAAAUGGCUGAAAAACAA